AUGGAUGAAACGGAAGAAGAAAAUCCAAUGCAGCCACAAUUAUCGUCACCACCAUCAACCAUACAAGAAGAAGAAGAAGAUGGUAUUAUUUGUGUAGAAGAAGAAUCAACGGCACGCACAACACAUGAAUCAUUGCAGCUGCCCUAUCGCUACACGUCAAAAAAUCUAAAAAAUUUAUUAAAUGUUGUUAUUCUCGCGAUGACUACGAAUAGUGAACUCAGCCGUCCAGCUUUAUUUCCAUUCUCAUACUUAUUGGUGAAAAAUGAAGUAGUUCCUUCCGCAGCGGCUAUAUCUGAUCGUGGACUAAUCAUGUCGAAAUCGAUCGUUGAGACAUCACCACAAAUGCAACCAUCACAAACUGAUACUCAGACAACGUGA